UCUCUUCUUUUUCUUCUUGUGUUAUGUUUGAGGUUUCGGGGUCAUGUGAGUGUGCAUUAUGAUUUCGUUCAGCCCAAGACGGUCUUGGAUGGUCUCGCAGAGGGAGGAGAACAAUGGGGAGGUUUUUACACAGAUCAUUAAAUUGCAACAGCUAGAUUUUGGAGCGUGUGUUUAGGGUCGGAUGAUAGAUUGGGACACUGUGCGUAUUUCUAAAGGGAGCCGAAUCCCGAUUGCUGAAGCGUGGGUUAAUUCUCGGGAUUUGAGUGUUUUGGUGUAGGUUUAGAGCGAGAGAGAGAGAGAGAGAGAGAGAGAGAGAGAGAGAGGGUGGCAGUAGGAAUAAAUCUGAGGACUAGGUUCGGUUUAGUUGAGAUCAGAGCAGUCAGUGCUUCUCGAUAAAGGUUCGGGGAUCAAAGUAGGAUUCCUCACUGUAGUUCAACUUCGGAAAAACAUAUUUAUCAGAGUUAAAUUGCGAAUGAUUCGUAACAUCACAUUUCUGUAGUUGUAGUAGCUUUUGUAGCCAGCAAUGCAUGUUGACAGUUCGAUGAAACGUUCAAGAUUAUCAAGAAAUCUUCUUUUAAGCUUCUCUAAUUUCUUUUGGAGGGCGGCAGAUACGAACACUCUACGCAUUUUGGUGGCGACUGAUUGUCAUGUAGGCUAUCUAGAAAAUGAUGAGAUUCGUCGCUUCGACUCCUUUAAUGCCUUUGAAGAGAUAUGUUCCAUUGCCUCACAACGUCAGGUGGACUUUGUGCUUUUAGGAGGAGACUUAUUCCACGAAAACAAGCCCUCUCGCUCGACCCUAGUGCGCACUAUUGAAAUUCUUCGUAAAUAUUGCAUGAAUGACAAGCCAAUUCAGUUCCAAGUUGUUAGCGACCAAACCAUCAACUUCCCCAAUAAAUUUGGAGUUGUCAACUAUGAGGAUCCGAAUUUCAAUGUGGGGUUGCCGGUUUUCACUAUUCAUGGCAACCAUGACGAUCCAGCUGGUGUGGAUAAUCUGUCUGCAAUUGAUAUCCUAGCAGCCUGCAAUCUUGUUAAUUAUUUUGGAAAAGUUGCCCUUGGAGGUAACGGCGUAGGCAACAUUGCCUUGCAUCCAAUUUUGUUGCGAAAGGGCUCCACCAAUGUUGCUCUCUAUGGUCUUGGGAACAUUCGAGAUGAGCGCCUAAAUCGUAUGUUCCAGACUCCACAUGCUGUACAAUGGAUUCGCCCUGAAAGUACCGACGACUGUCCUUUUUCCGAUUGGUUCAACAUCUUUGUUCUGCAUCAAAAUAGGGUAAAAGCCAACCCGAAAAAUGCUAUAAAUGAGCAUAUGUUGGCUAAAUUCUUGGAUUUUGUGGUAUGGGGUCAUGAGCACGAGUGCCUCGUGGAUCCACAGGAAGUAUUGGGGAUGGAUUUUCAUAUUACACAACCUGGCUCAUCCGUGGCUACUUCGCUUAUUGAUGGGGAAUCUAAACCUAAGCAUGUCCUCCUCUUAGAAAUCAAGGGUAAUGAGUACCGGCCAACAAAGGUCCCUCUGAAAUCUGUCAGACCAUUCAAGUAUAAGAACGUGUCCCUGCAAGAUGCUGCGGAUCUGGAUGCAAAUGACGUACAAUCUGUUAUGGAUCACCUUAGUCAAAUGGUGCAUGAUCUGAUAGCAGAAGCUGCGGAGGAAGGACACCCUGACCCUAUGCUGCCCUUGGUGCGUUUGAGGGUAGAUUACACAGGCUUCACAACAAUCAAUCCACAGCGGUUUGGACAGAAAUUUGUUGGAAAGGUGGCUAAUCCUCAUGAUAUUCUUCUAUUUACAAAAGCUGUGAAAAGGCGACCUACUGCUGAUGGGAAAAUUGAAGAUGAGGAAAAGCUACGGCCUGAAGAGUUGAACCAACAAAAUAUUGAGGCUCUCCUUGCUGAGAGCAAUUUGAAAAUGGAGAUUCUGCCUGUCUCUGAACUAGGCUUGGCGCUACAUAAGUUUGUAAGUAAAGAUGACAAGCUUGCGUUCAUCGAGUGUGUUCAAGAGAAUCUAGAUGACACACAGAACAAGCUUGCUGAGGAAGCCCUUGCUGAUAAGCUCCAGGAAGACGAUGUGAUUGUGAAAGUGAGCGAACAUAUGCAGCAACGUGAGAAAGAAUCAAUCCCUAGAUAUAAAGAAACGUUGACUUCCGUUUCUUCUGGUGACCCUCUUUCAAGUGUACAGCACCGGACGUCCCAGGGAGGUACAAGCAGGAAAGGGAAUGACGACGAUGAGCCUUUUGAUGACGACGAUGUUCCGGAGAGUUCAACACCAGCAAAACGAAAAGCACCUGCCAGCAGAGCUGUGCAGAAAGAUACGGAAACCCCCCGCGGUCGAGGCCGGGGUAGAGGAAGAGGAAGAGGGCGAGCCUCUCAAGGAGGUCUUACGCAGACAACGCUGAAUGUCGUUCCAGUGCCCCGACCUCCUAGAAGGGCUUCACGAAUGGAAACCAUCAGCGAUGAUGAUGAUGAAAACAAUGAGGAAGAAGAGGAUGAGGAACCAGCCCCUAAAAUUAAAAAAACGAACUCAAAAACAUCCCAGAGGGGAAGAAAAGGUGCUGCUGGUUCUAAACGAGGAGCAGCAUCCAGCUCGUCCUCGAGGGGAGGACGUAGUACUUAUGUCGACGACGACGUUGAGGAUGAUGACGAUGAGGCAGAUGCAGGCCCAAAGAAAGCAACAGCUACACCAUCAUCUCAAAAGCGGUCCAGCUGGGGUUCUUUACGAGGGUAAACUCACCGAAACAAAAGUUCAAAUGCUUCAGCGUCAUCUACGCCAAUUUUUAAAUUUUCAAAUAUGAUCUUGGUAUACACUAGCAUCACGCUUGAACGAAACCUUCUGUCACAAGCUCAUGUAAGACGUGGUAGAUAUUGGGUUCUAGGGUGAUGGAAAUCUUACUGAGCGUAGAAUUUACUGAAUAUUGGUGCAGUAAAAUAUUCAACUGUGGCUCCCAGGUUACAUUUCUCUACAUCUCCAAUUCCUCACCAAUCAGAUACUCAGGCCUCUAAUUCAAACUAAGCUUUUUGCACCUUCCUGAACACCUAUACCAUUUCUCAUGUAACAAAUUAGUUGUUUCUAUUUCUCAUACCCGUCAUCCCAACAUGUGGGGGCUUACAGAGUACAUUGCCUUUAGCUAGCACAAUAAAACUUGUAUUUUUCCACUU